AUGGUGAAAACUGAGACUGUUGAUUCAAAAGACAUAUCAAUUACGAAGAUGUUAAUUAUUUAUAUAAAGUAUCGAAAGGCAGAAACCAGGUUUCAUAAAACCGUUUUUGCUGGCAUGGUAAAGGUAACAGCCUGUGACAGCCAAUCAAUUUUCAUGGCAAUCAAAGUUUUAUACACAAAACAAAUAAGAUUUAAAAAAAUAAUUAUGUUCAAAUCGGAUGGUGCAUCAGUUAUGUUAGGCAAAAAGAAUGGAGUUGCUGCGCUGAUUCGUGCUGAGGUUCCGCAUCUUACUGAAAAACAUUGUAUAGCGCAUAGAGAAGAUCUUGGUAAUGAAGUGAGAUGGGUGUCGAGACUGUUGCAGUAA